AUGGAGAACUGCACCCUGGUUUCACAGUUCAUCUUAGUAGGAUUCCAAGGUGAACUUGAACUGCAGCUGGGUCUGGACCUCCUCUUCUUGCUGCUUUAUGCCGUCACCUUGGUGGGGAAUAUUGGAAUGAUCACCAUCAUCACUGUUGAUGCACAACUCCACAGCCCUAUGUAUUUCUUCCUGAAGAACUUAUCCUUCUUAGAUAUCUGCUAUUCUUCAGUCAUCACUCCCAAAGCUAUGCUGAACUUUGCAACCAGGAACAAGGGCAUUUCCUACAAUGGGUGUGCUGUUCAAAUGUUCUUCUUCUCUCUCUUUGGGACUACUGAGUGUUUUUUCUUGGCUGUCAUGGCGUACGACAGGUUCAGCGCCAUCUGCAGCCCUUUGCUUUAUCAUUCUAUCAUGUCCAAGAGAAUCUGUGCACUUCUGGUGGCUGUUUCAUACUUCUUUGGCCUUCUAAAUUGUUGCACACAGACUGCUCUCACUUUCAGCUUGCCUUUUUGUGAAUCAGGUGAGGUCAACCAGUUCUUUUGUGAUGUCCCAGCUGUUAUGCAUGCCUCCAGUGCACAAACUUUUGUCAAUGAAAUUGUACUCCUAGCAAUGUGUGGAUUUAUCAUAGUUGUGACAUCCACGAUUGUCCUAAUCUCCUAUGGCUAUAUUGUUACUACAAUCCUGCGCAUACCUUCUGUUCAAGGGAGACACAAAGCAUUCUCAACAUGUACUUCUCAUAUCAUGGCUGUAAUCUUGUUUUAUGGGACAGCUUUCUUUAUGUAUGGCCAACCUGGGGCCAUGGCUUCUCCUAAUCAAGGCAAAGUAGUGUCUGUCUUUUACACCAUUGUCAUUCCAAUGUUGAAUCCACUAAUAUACAGCCUAAGGAACAAAGAAGUCAAAGAUGCCUUAGGGAGACAACUAAAAAGGAUGCCUUUUUUCCAGUAA